UCAAGUCCGAAGACUUGUUGCUUGGGAAAGUAAUGGAGAGGGACGUGGCCGGAGGGAAAACGCGAGCCUUGUUCCCCUACCUCUACCGCCGAGGUGCAUCAGCAUCGGUAUGGCUGGUAGCCUGUGGGGCGUUGUUGGGGGUACUGCUGUCACCGGAGAUCAUGAAGUACCUUGCUCGCCUAAGAAGUAGCAGUGUUGAACCCGGCGACGGAGAGGAGAGCAUCGCCUGGGAGCUGGUUGAAGACAGCGGCGGGUUUCGAACCUUUUCUUCGCGGGUACAGGGCAGCAGCUCGUUGGCCCUUCGGGGCGAAACAACCGUUGACGAACACAUCGGCCGACUGUACACGGCGUUUCUGAACACGACUUCCACGUUGGACUGGGUACGAUUUCUGGUGGAGGUUGAGGAACUCCCGACGCAGGCCUCUUCAAGGCGGGGGGGCAGCGGCGAUGGGGACGUGUUAUUCCAGAAGUACGACAUGCCGUGGCCCGUGAAGGACAGGGAGGUGGUGAUUCGAAGAAGCGUGCGACUGGACAAGCGAGCCAAGAAGAUGAUCGCAUCAUACCAAUCAACGGAUCACCCGGCGAGGCCCAUCACCAGCGCCACCGUGCGGGCCAUCGUUUACCGAACCAGUUGGAUCUUGACGUCCCUUGGGAGCUCGAAAACGUCGAUAGAGUUCGAGACGAGAACGGACCCCAAGGGAUCUCUGCCGUCGGCGAUGGUCGGCUUCUUGCAAGUCAAGUUUCCUCGUGAGACGGUAGCCGGAUUUGUGAGCAGCGCCAGAAACGUAGAGCUCCAUCCGGCCAUGACGAAGUGGUGA